AUACGGAGGAAUGCUUCUCUUUUGAAACUUGUUUUACUUUUAAAUACCGCGUGUAGAAUGAUUAUACGUCAUAUGACAUUCUUGCGGGACAUUCUAAGAGAGGAUCUCGUCGAGGGAUCGCAAUGCAUUGGAUAUAGUUCUUUGAUAAUCGUUUAAAAUAUAUGUCCGUAAUCAAGAAGAAAAAUAAAAUCAAUCAUUAACUGUGAUUUCUUUUAAAGGCAUAUUAGCUACAGUUUUGAAGUCAUUAAAACAAUGUGAAAAGUUUGGAGUAAAAACAGUACAAUAUUCAUAAUAUGCAUGUAAAGAACAAAGCAAGUGAAAUACAUAGUUGCAGUAGACGAAAACGUUGUCUAACAAGUCCAAAAGCUUAUCAGUUAGCACAAGUUCGAGAAUCACCUGCAUGCUAGUUUAAUAGAUUUCACUUUUUUCUCUUAUUCUUAUUUAUUUACGCUGUAAAAGUAUUUCUUUAUGGUAGCAAACGACAUGACCUUCAUUAUGAAGUAAACAACAUGUUUCCCCCCGGCUCUACAAUGUUGAUUGCAUCAAAUUAUACCUCUACAAUGGAUCGAUGCAUAUUUAAGUUUGAUUUAAAUUUAAGAUGGCGAUUGAAAUUUAUUAGCAUUCAUCAUUUGAAAGUAAGAUGAUGCCAACCAUAGAUUAAAUUACAUAUAAAUUAAUUGUUUACUUUAGUGUAAGAUCGCAGUAUUUUUGGGGUUAGUUUUGGUUAUGCUACUUCAGUUUAGCUCGGUUGUGACGAAUCUUGAGAAUUAUCUAUUGUGGGUAUAUUAUAAAACUUUAUUUUUCCUUUGAUAUAUUUUUAUCUAUUACAACAUAAUGGCAUUGUCAAUCACUUUGAAGGUUUUUGCAUUUUCUAAUAUUGUAUUCACUUGCAUCCUUUGUAUUUCAUUUGUAUCAAUCAUAAGCUUAUUCCCAAUUAAAAUCAGUCAGAAAUCAAUCAAGUAUGCAACAAACAUGUGUGUGUCAUGUGAUGAACUGCAAAGCUUCCCUGGGUUCCCCGCUGUUGCAUCUGAAGACAUCGAUAGAUUACGGUCUGCGAAAAACAAGUCCUCAUGCUGUUCUUCAACUGACGAAAUUCUGAGGAUGCGAAUUCGAAAGAAGAUGGAUGAGCAGGUGUACGAAUACAACUCGGGUUUAGCUGCAGAAACAAUAACGAAUAUCUUGGGGAAAGACAACUGUGACAUAUUUCAUCCGGACGAAAAUGUGCCGCUAGCAAAAGUUGUUGGCGUUGUCGACCACGUCAGGUCUUCAUUUCAAACUGACCUCCGGAAAAUUCGAUGGAAGAAGAACGGUGCUUCAGCAACAAAUGGGGAUAUAACACACUUGGAAGAAGAAGGAGAGAUAUUCAUCAAACAGGAGGGUACAUACGUUGUACUGUCAAAGCUAAGGGUACAUCGGGAUCCGUCUACACCGUUUGCAGCCAACCUUUCCCACGUUUUGUUCCGAUUAACACAUAAGUAUGAAUCUGAAACGGUUCUCAUGCAGAGAAGCAGAACAUUGUGCCACGCAAGUGAUGAUCAAUACGAUAGUUUCAUAUCAGCGGUUUUUCGAUUUCAUAAGUACGAUCGCAUAUCCAUUCACACUACACACGCGCAACAUUUACAGAUCAACGACACAGAGAACUUCUUUGGCGUGUUUUUUACGUACGACAUGUACUAAAGUAGCAAACACAUUCUGUAGCAUUAGACGUACACAUAUAUGAGUAAGAUGGUUUUGUUUUAAGAUAUAUUUGGGCAAUAGUUAUAACCGGCAGAAAGAAUGUGUCAAGUGACUUAUUGAUAAGAUAAUGUAAUAAUAACUAUUGUUUGGAGUUACACCGUAAUAAUGUGUUAACGUUCAUAAGAAAUUAAUCGAGUUAUUUUUAACAAUAGCUUUUACUACCAAGAUAUUUUCUCAAAGUACGUUAAAAAUAAAUGAGAAGAAGUCGUUUUUGUUCCUGCUGUUUAUUUUGCAUAAUUUUCUUGUUAAACAAAUCGAUUUUGUUGUUUUGCACUUAUGUUUGAAUAAAACAUUUACACUUGUGUUACA